AUUAUUUAUACAAAAUAUUUUAUUUCUCAGGCAUCAAGGUGUGAAUUCGGGAAAUAAAGACGAUGCUAAAAGAAGAGGAAGAGCUUUGUUUCAUUUUUUCAAAGGCUACAAAGAAGAGCUUGAUGAUUGUCAGCCUGAGUUAAUUUUUAAGGUGACAGCCUAGGCCCCCAAAAAACUGGCAUUGUCGCUUUUAUGAUAGAAAAUUGAAAAUGGAAGCGUAUACGUUUCCGUAUUGGCCAGCAACAACUGUCUGCAGAGAGGAUCAGACCCGGACAAACAGUCGUAGCUAGUAUUAUGUGUUUACCGAGUGGAUUUUGCAUUCGCAGCGAAUUGAGUGUAUUCUACUUUUUAAAAUUUGUUGUGCUUGCUCGGAUACUGCUUGAAAUUCAUCAGGAAUUUGCGGUUUCCAAGACUUUGUAUUGAAUAUAAAUCUCUAUUUUUGCUCUUUUCGGGACUCCGCCGUGCAGACAGAACACUGAACAGGAUUGUUUUGACUGACUGAUUAUAAUCGAAGUCUAGCCGAGUUCGAUCUUAUUGCAUUUGUCUUGAUAGUGCACAAGACGCAAGAUCAACUUGCAUUCAGUGACGAACAAUAACAAGAAAAGAAAAAGAGCACGUGACAGCUUGGAAAAGGUAGAUGAAAAGCAAAGCAAACUGUUGUCGAGACUUGACAGAACGUCGGGGUUGUGAACUAAGUACAGACAAAUAAUAUGAAAGAUUCGAAAUUCUCAAAGUACUGUCCAACGGACACCGAUUCGACCGUCCCUGCCAUUUGGGAAAACGAAAUGACAACAAUUGGAAGCAGAAGGAAAUGAUUCGUUGGUCCCGCAGUGAAGGGCUUUUUCGUUGAUGAGCUGAGAGGGAAGUAGAAUGUCCUCGGAGGAUUGUGAACAAGGUGGUGGUGAGAUGACUGUUUCCUCUCCUCAACAGCCCUCAAAGACGAACCAGAGCAGCAGUAUUGUCAAGGAUCUUAUCAUGAAAACAACAAUGGUUCCUGAGAAGGAGGUCGUGGUCAACGGCUUUCAUAAUACCCUCAACGGUGCGGGAGAGGACCAAGAGACUCUGCGUAAGCCAGGGGAUUCCAACACAUUCACUAACUCCAACGGCAGUAACAAAAUCCCAACAUCAAUGGAUCCUGUAACCUCUCCUCUGUCGUCUCCAUUGACUCAAGUUGCCUCUACCCUGGCGCCAAGCCUAAAACAGUAUGAGGAUUUUUUACCCAAAACAACUCAGGAUGGAGUAGGCUCCCCUUCCCGUACCACCCCGGAAAUGUCCAUCCUACACGAACAUUAUGAACAUCGUCAUGCCACCUCGCCAAAAUUGGCUGUCUCGGCCGGCGAGCUCACGGUGCCCCUGUAUUACGCGGGCAAGAGUGUGUUGUUGACAGGUGGGACGGGCUUUGUGGGCAAGGUGUUUAUCGAGAAGUUGCUUCGCAGCUGUCCGGAGCUGGACUCUCUCUACUGUCUGAUCCGACCCAAGAACAAGCAGAGCAUCGAGGCCAGGCUCAACGAGAUCACCAGCACCAAGUUGUUUGACCGUCUUCGCAAAGAGCGGCCAGAUUUCGCCAGCAAGCUCCGGCCCAUCCAUGGCGAUAUGCUCCUGCCAGACCUGGGCCUGUCUCCUGAAGACCGUGCCGAGCUGGAGCAGAAGAUCAACAUUGUGUUCCACAGCGCAGCCACCAUACGCUUUGACGAGCCGCUCCGUGUGGCGGUGGAGAUGAACGUGGUCGCAGUGCGCAAGAUGUUGGCGCUGGCGCGCAAGCUAGAGCACCUGGAGGCCUUUGUCCACGUGUCCACGGCGUACGCCAACUGCGACCGGCCGUACAUUGAAGAGACAGUGUACCCACCCCCUGUGGAGCCGCAGAAGAUCAUUGAUGUCCUCGAAUGGAUGGACGACGAGAUGCUGGAGCUGUUCACGCCCAAGCUGAUGGGGGAGAAGCCCAACACGUACACGUACACCAAACAGUUGGCCGAGCACCUGCUCAUCACAGAGGGCGCCGGUCUCCCCCUGGCCAUCGUCAGACCAUCCAUCGUUGGUGCCGCCUGGAAAGAACCCUUUCCGACCUACCACGCCACCACGGGCGGCUGCAACCCCUACACCUGGGGAGAUAUCAGUGGCAUCGUGAACAAAUCCUACAAGCAGAUCCCUCUGGAGGGGUGCUUUAGACGUCCCAACGUGGCCAUCGUAAGCAAUAAUUUCCUGCACGAGUACUGGACGUGCGUGAGUCACCUGAUCCCGGCUUACAUGAUCGACCUGGCCUACAGGAUGAUGGGCAAGAAGCCACGCAUGGUGAGGCUGUACAACAAGCUGCACCGCUCGAUCGAUGUUCUCAAGUUCUUCACCUGCAACGAGUGGCAGUGGUCCAGCACCAACCACGACAUGCUCAAACACCAGCUCACACCCUUGGACCAAAAGAUGUUCUACUUUGACCCGAAGCCCCUCCACUGGCCGACGUACAUCGAGAACUACUGUAUGGGGGCCAAGAAGUACGUGCUGAACGAGGAUCUGUCUGGAUUGCCUGCGGCCCGAGCACACGUGCGCAAGCUGCGGAUCAUCCGGUACCUGUUCAACAUGUCCGUGGCCGUCGUACUGUGGCGUGUGCUCAUCGCCAAGUCGCAGUUUGCCCGAAACCUGUGGUUCUUCAUCGUGGGUCUCGUCUCCAAGUUUGUCCAGUACUUCAGGAUCACCAGCACUAUGCACAAAUGAUUGAGGGAGGGAGGGCCGCGGUUCGUCGCUCACUCUUUCCCUGAAGGACACCAGUUCUCUCUCCUGUUUUGUUAAUUUAAUGAAUUUGUACCCAUUUCAGGCGCUAAUUUGAAUGGCUGUGGCUGAAAAAGGCCUUGUGACUUGUGACAUGGAGCCAAAAAAGUCGUCUUCUUCCCCUAUGUUGUUAUAGGGUGCAGUAAAACCUUUUCUCAUGUGUCUGAUUGAUUUUUGUGUGUGUGUGUGUGUCAGUGUAUGUGCACAUGAACGGAUGGGUGUGUGUGUUUGUGUAUGCAUGUGUAUGUAUGUGUGUGAGACUGUUUGUGCAUGUGUGUGUGAGAAAAGUGACGGAGGCAUUGAUUAAGAACCCCACAAGAGUUCUCACAAUUUCAAGCGAAGGACAUUACUUACGGCCUUCUGCAAGGUUCGUCCAGUAUAUUACCUCAAAGCCGUGUUCCCCAAGAGCCUGGAGUAUCCUGCGACCUGCUAAAGUCAAAGGUCGUGCCAUGGAGUCAUUUGGCUUUGAAAAAAUCAGUUUUCGAAAGCUACUAAUUUUUAGUAGCAUAUCAGUGUGGAGUGGCUGCAAGACAAGCGGGUAGAACCUUUUUUUUCGUGAAGGAAAUGUCACUGUGAGCUCAUCCUGUAAGCUGUUAAUUUAAUGGCCCAGCUGGUUACAGAGUGAGAAUUGUGGGAUAAAUGUGAUGAGACUUGAACCCUUGCUAGCGUAUGUUGCCAGAAUAUUGCUGGUUUUGACACCACCUUGGUUUGUUUGGUCGGUUGUGUCUUUUCCCAGUCCAUCGUCAGAUUGUCACAUGAUGUUAUGGUUAAGAGAUUUGUUAUGGAGAUUUGUCGUAAAUGUUGAAUCUAAAACCCCGCACGCGUCUUGAGAGUGCGGUGACUUCAGAAGUUGUUUGCUCGUUUGUUUUUUUUGUUUACAAACUGGAAGAAGGACAUGCUUGAGUGCAGCUUUGUAAGUCGAUGACUCUCAAUUGUUUUUUUGUUACGAGUUGUAUUCCUGAUGAAUGUUUGUGAGAAACAGAAAUCUCAUUUUUAAACCAUAUAUUUAGCGAACCUGUUAUUAUUAGCAUUGUUCCGUCAAGGUUGUUACUGAUGUCAUGAUGUGUAAAGUAACACAGCUUUGUAACUGCCACUCCUGGUGCUCUUGUAAGCUGUUGCUUUUGCAUAGCUCAUUUCAAAAUUUCAGGUACUGUUUUGCAGGCUGCAAUAUGCUUGCUUCAAAAUAAAAGAUAGACCUAACAAAUAUUUUAAAUCUGAAUUUUUUCCACUUUUAAGGUGCUAUAGAUUUAGAGGAAUAUAUAAUACAUAAAACAAUAUUUUCCCCUACCUGUUAAGCGGAGCACUUAGAAACACUCUUCUGUAUUUUAGCUAUAAAGAUGUUACCACACCACCCCCCACACUGUACCCAAUUUGCUCAAGUUGUGAGUGAUUGUGGUCUGCCAUGGUGGGUUGAUUGUGAGCUUUUUUUUUUUAAGUUUCAAGAAUGAUGCUUUUUUAUGGACCGAGCUGUAAUGUUCCUACAAGAAAGCAUUAUUUUAUUAUUAGAUAUACGUUUAUGCUUUGCAAAAUUAUAAGCUUCAUGGCUAUAUAUUUUAUGAAAAAAAGUAGUACCUUGUUGUCAUCAAAAUAUGGUAGUUUAUUAUGCCAGACUGUGGUACCAUCGAUGUUUCAGUGUUUAAAGAUCAAAUUUAGCCCCUCUUCUACCCUACCCUCGGUACCUGACGUUGACCCGAAAAUGAUAGUUUAGCAGGAUUCUGCUGUUGACUAGACAAGGGUGUUGGAAGGACUGGUUUGACAGUUACCUUGGAGGCGGCUGUGUCAGGCAUAAGUCUUGCUUGGGUUGUUUUUUUCAAAUAUCUCAGCUCAUUAGUCAUGACCAGUAUCUUACCUCAUUAGUUUGUUGUUGCCCAGAGGUUACACUCCGAGUUACAAACAAACAAUAAAAAAAAUAAAAUUAAAAAAAGCAUUUUAAGCCACCUACCACAAUGACCCUAUCCCCAUGCUCCCGGCUCUGCGUGGUUUUCUUUUCCCCAUUCUCUGUACUGCAACUUGGUCAAGGUUGUAUGUCUGCUGUAUUCACUUGCUCAAAUAAAAAAGAA